UCGGCCCACAAGCAAAAUGCUCAGUUUAAGAGGCAAAGUGAAAGGGCGGGAAACAAGAGGGAGAGAUGGACGAACAACCAAGUUGCAGAGGAGGGGCAGAACUGGUGUUAAAUCUGGAACCAAACUCUUCAAUUUCCAUCAAUUAUGACUCCAAAUUUGGGCCUCAGGACGAUCUGAUCCUUCUUGAGGUCGAUGAGAAGCUGCUCCCAGAUAUCCUCCAACAGAGGGCGACCUUUCGAGGGAAGCCUGAUGAAGAAGCCGUUCUCUGUACUCCUUCAAAGACUUACGCUGUCAAGUUCGUUGGAAAUUCCAACACUGUAUUCCUCAUACCGCCAACCAAUUCGUCUAUUUUGAAUGCAAAUUCUGAUAAUGAGAAGGAGGCAGUUGUUGGGUCUGUCUUAAAAGUGGCACCGGGAAACAUGGAGCUAGUUGAGGUUGCUCCGAAGCUUGACGAACUCAGAUCACUUCUGAGAGAGAACCCUUACAGACCAGAGGAUAAGUUAGAAAUGGAUGAAUUGGAGAUGGAGGAGCUGGACAAAGGUAAUUUGGGUUUGUUUCCAUGGGAGGAUUUGGUUGAUAGGAUUCAGGCUAGUGAUGAGGAACUGAGAGCUGGGUUGCGAGCUGUUUCGGCUGUAUGUAUUGAUGGGAGUUGGGGAAUUGUAGAUGAGGAGUACAUGAACAAUCUUCUGACAGUGCUUUUGCACCUUUCGGUAUCAGAAGGGUGGUCUUUGAGUGCUCUUAAGGAGGAUGAAGUCGUGGGCAUGAUGGAGGCUCAUGGGUAUCCAAGUAAGCUUGUGCUACAUUGUUUGGAAAUGUAUGGAAGCAUAGUUGGUGAGGAUGUGAAUGAAGGUCAUUUAUGGAUGUUGGAUGAGAAGCGUGUGUGUGUGAAUUUUGCCAGAGGGAUUCUCAGAGGUGGGAAGAGGAAGAUGGAGAGUUUCAUGGAGGAGUGGAUGCUGAAAAUCCCACAAGGGAUGCGUGCUACCUUUGAUAUGUUGGAGGGUGAAGUUUUGGUAGAGAGGCUUGGAGUUGAGACAUGGCUCCAUGCCUUUAGUGUUUCUUUGCUGCCCUCUACCCCUACCGAGCGUUUUUCGAUGCUUUUCAGACAAAGGCAGAAGUGGGAAUGGAAGGAUCUGGAGCCCUACAUCAAGGACUUACGAGUACCUGGUCUUUCUUCAGAAGGUUUGCUCCUCAAGUAUACUCGAAGAACACAGCCUACCAAGGAUUCAGAACCUGUCUUCACUGCAAGAUAAUCGAUCAUGUAUCUCAGGUUGAAUGGGUUUAUUCAAUUCAAGCCAAUAACUUUCAAUGUUAGGUUGGAAAUUUUUGAUGGAGUCUGCUACUUGGAAAUGAGGAAGAAGAGUAAUUAAAUAUCACUGACUAUUGCAAAACUUUUCUUUUUGGCCAUUAAUGCGGACCUGGGUAUGACAGGCUUUAUGGAAGCCUUGGAUCACAAGAAGUCUUGGAAGAAGGUAAGUUGAGCUUGUUAAUUUAAAGCGAGUAGAUAAGUUGAGUUGUUUGUUUUGUUUAAUUGUUACAGGCUUCCUUUUAUUUUGGGUGGGGGCUUUGGUUACUCCAUAUAACUUUUGUUUUUAUUUUCUUAGAUUAGAAGAAUUUUGAUGAUUCAGAUUUGUCUGAAGCAGGGUUGUCAUCAGGUCACAUAUGAGCAUGUUCUAUUACUGCUAGAAAACUGGGUUUUGGUGAAAUUUUAUACAAGAGAUCCUGUUUUCAUCUCCCCAUGUGUGGGUUGAGUGCUUCAUUGAUUUAAAACCCUUUCUCUUGCUGAUUUCUACUAACAAAGUAUGGUGAUGUAAUAAUGGGAGAAUAUUUAGAACGAUCUGAAGAAAUGGAGACAUGGUCUUUUGCAAGGUCUCCAAAUAUCGGAGGCAAAUUUGUUGGGGCUGUUUAUUUUAA